CAAGCCCUGCUGGGACUACCCCAUGUGCACCUUUCCCCUAGGCACCCCUGCCAGUGGGUUCUCCUAUCCACCUUCCCUGGGACACCCCCUGCCGGGGCUACCCCAUAUGCGUUGUUCCCCUGGGUACCCCCGCCGUUGGGUUCUCCUAUCCAUCUUCCUUGGGACACGCCUUGUCGGGGCUACCCCUGAACACCAUGCCCAGGGCUGGCAGGCUACCAGUGUAAGGGUAAGAGACCACUGCCUGGGACAUCCCUGUGCACACUGCCCUGGGGCCACCUCCUGCCCAGGAAGCUACCAGUGUGAAGUUUGCAACUUUAUGUCUCAUGAAAAGUGCCUCAAGCAUGUGAAGGUACCAUGCUCGUGUAUUGCGUCAAGUCUCGUCAGGAUUCCAGUUGCACAUUGUUUUGGACCUCCAGGACAUUACAAAAGAAAGUUUUGCACCGUGUGCAGAAAGCAGUUAGAGUCCCUUGCAUUUCGAUGUGAAGUGUGUGAAUUACACGUGCAUACAGAUUGUCUCCCAUUUGCUUGCAGCGAUUGUCGUCAGUGCCAUCAAGAUGGGCAUCAGGAUCAUGAUACAUACCAUCAUCAUUGGAGGGAGGGAAAUCUCUCGUCCAGUGCUCGCUGUGAGGUCUGCAAGAAAACCUGUGGUUCUUCGGAGGUGCUGUCUGGCAUGAGGUGUGAGUGGUGUGGGAUUCUGGCUCAUGCUUCUUGCUACAUUAUUGUACCACCAGAAUGUACUUUUGGAAGAUUAAGGAAUAUGAUUCUUCCUCCGAAUUGUGUGCGGUUAGUUUCUCGCAAUUUCAGCAAAAUGCACUGUUUUCGAAUAUCAGAGAGCCUGCAAACAGAACCAGAUGAAGAUGAGGAUGUUGAUGGCUUAACACAAGGGUCAGUGAAAGAUGCCCAAAUUUCAACAGAUUCAAGUAAACAAACAUUAAAGAUAUUUGAUGGGAAUGAUGCAGUAAAACGCAAUCAAUUUCGACUGAUUUCUGUUCCAAGGAUUGCAAAAAGUGAAGAGGUUGUGGAGGCAGCGCUGAGGGCAUACUACGUAAAUGAUGAUCAGCAGCACUAUGAGCUCCAGACAUUUUCUCAGCAGACCUUGUUUUCUGAUGACAUCAUCAACAGGAAUGAUGCCCCUGAAGAAACCAACCCAGGGCCAGUGUUCAGAGAGGCGGUUCCUGAAGCUUGGAUCAUCAGAGCCAAAUCUAAGGAUCACGAAGUAAUAAGAAUUUAUCCCAGUUGGCUGAAAGUGGGAAUGGCAUAUAUCUCUCUGCGAAUAGAUAAGGAAAGCACCACCCAGACAGUAAUUAAAGAAGUUCUUCCGCUAUUAGGACGGCAGACGGAAUGCCUCCAGAAUUUCAAACUUCUAGAAGUACUUAUGGGCAGUAAGCAAGUUCAGCGAAUGGUGCUGGAUGACCAGGAGAUGAUCCUUAGCAGACUUAGGGACAUAAGAAAGACUUCAAUACGUCAGAUGAAUCAAACAAGAUUUUACAUUGUAGAAAAUAAUAAAUCUGUCGUGCGGGUAAAUUUGUUUGUGGGUGGCUUGCCACCUCAGCUCUCUGCUGAAGAAUACACUAACAUCCUCAAGGAUGACUUAGCUAUCAAAACAAAUCUGCUUUCUUUGAGUCAUGUUUACUCAAUGCAAGGUGCUGUUGUACUUGAAAUGUCUUGUUUUUCUGAAGCUGAAAGAAUAUAUAUGCUAGCUAAAGAUACAACGGUCAAUGACAAACAGCUUACUGCCACUGUGAUUCCUGAAGUUCUGCAUACCAAGCUACCACAGAACUGCUGUCCACUACUUGUCUUUGUGAAUCCCAAAAGUGGAGGUUUGAAAGGCCGAGAUCUACUCUACAGUUUUAGAAAACUACUAAAUCCUCAUCAGGUCUUUGAACUCACUAAUGGAGGUCCACUGCCUGGAUUUCAUACAUUCUCUCAAGUUCCCUAUUUCCGAGUGCUGGUGUGCGGCGGCGACGGCACAGUUGGUUGGGUCCUUGGUGCGCUGGAGGAAAUCAGACACAGGCUCGUGUGCUCAGAGCCCUCUGUAGCCAUCUUACCUUUAGGAACAGGUAAUGAUUUAGGGAGGGUGCUUCGCUGGGGAGCUGGUUAUAGCGGGGAAGAUCCCUACUCUAUUCUGAUAUCUGUAGAUGAAGCUGAUGAGGUACUUAUGGAUCGUUGGACCAUCCUUUUAGAUGCUCAGGAAGCUGUUGAAAGUGCAGAGAAUGGUAUUUUGGAACCUGAGCCUCCAAAGAUUGUACAAAUGAACAACUAUUGUGGCCUUGGAAUAGAUGCAGAAUUGAGCUUGGGCUUUCACCAUGCUAGAGAAGAAGAACCAGGCAAAUUUAAUAGCAGGUUUCACAACAAAGGGGUAUAUGUAAAAGUUGGACUGCAGAGGAUAAAUCACACCAGAAACCUUCACAAAGAGAUAAAACUUCAAGUGGACCAGCAUGAAGUUGAGUUACCAAGUAUUGAGGGACUCAUUUUCAUUAAUAUCCCCAGUUGGGGGUCUGGAGCUGAUCUCUGGGGAUCUGACCAUGAUAAUCGAUUUGAGAAACCAAGAAUCGAUGAUGGCUUACUGGAAGUUGUGGGGGUGACCGGUGUUGUGCACAUGGGCCAAGUACAGGGCGGUCUGCGAUCAGGGAUCCGCAUAGCCCAAGGAUCUUACUUUCGUGUUACGCUUCUGAAACCAAUACCCGUUCAGGUAGAUGGAGAGCCCUGGAUCCAGCCACCAGGCCAGAUUAUCAUUUCUGUUGCCGGACCAAAGGUCCAUAUGUUGAAAAAAUCCAAACAGAAGCAGAAAAAAACUGGAAGCUUGAAAGAGACAAGAACAGAUAGUGUAUCAAUCACUGAAGUGGGACAUUAAAUUGAGCGGCCCUUUACAGAACAAAAGCAGCCCAGCUACUGUAGAUGAAAGGAGCCUGCACUGUACAGCUGUGUGCAGGAGUUUGGUAAAGAAGCGUUCCUAAUGAGCCUGCCCUUGAUUCCACUGCAGUAGUACUGUGUUCUGCUUAUUUUGUUAAAUGAUUGUGCCUGAUUAGGUGGCUGACGCACACCUACUCAUAUACCACUAAUUUCAUUCGAAAUGUUUGCCUUUGGUUGCCUUCCCUAAACCAUUGCCCGGUUUUUGGUUUGUACCAAUAGAUAACACAGAUUUACCCUAUGGAGCUCUUCACACUUGGUUUUGCAAAAUUUUCAUUUUGUUAAGAAAUUUCUAGCCUUUUUGUUACAUAAUCUUCCAUAGACAAAUCAUCGCAAGGUUCUGUUAAACUAACCCUGAACAACAGUCUUCCAACAAACAGAACUGUCGUAGUUGCAUCUCUUUGCUGUUGUGCUGUGACCUUCUUGGGCAAGGCCAAACACCACAGUUUGAGGCAUCGCUGUUUGAAAUCGUUACUCAAGAUGAAUAACUGUAGUGAUAAUGAUCCCAACCUGAAGAGCGCCGUGUACAGAGGAGAAGAACUGCGCUAAACCUGCGCUCAAGUCAAAAUAGCCAAGACAGGAUCGUUUCAACGUGGUUUACAUGGACAAAGUGGAUGAGGACAAAAAUAUGUUUUAAACAGUUAUGAAAUGGUCUAGCCUCUUCCAGUCAUCAAACACUGUGGAAGGGUUGGUAAAGUUCAGCAGCUAUCUCUUGACUAAACGGGGGCAAAGUUUACCUCAGUAAUAUAUGUAGACGACAAACUUCUUGGGCUCUUAUCUUUCUCCCCUACUGUGUGUUCUACCUUUGGUGACGCCAUACAUCUCCACAGGUCCUCAUCUGUCUUGUUUCAAAUCAAUUAAAAAAAAAAAAAGCCCUGUAUGUAAAUGUAUUGUGACUAUGACUUUCCAUACAAGCUCCAGAUGAUAGAAGAAUGGUACUAACUCUGGCAAAAACGACUAUCGGUUCACUAAGGCUGUCUCUCUACAAGGGGCGUGAUUCCCCUCCUACGCUAGCUGGAUGAAAGUUAGUGUGAGUAUACGUAGUAGAGGAGGCAUGUCUGAACUUUACCACGUACAAACCAGCCUGAAGUCGGCGGGCACGUGCUCAGUACAGCUAAGCUACCAUGGCUACACUACUAUUUAUAUCCGCACUGGCUCUCACUGAGCUACCGUGAGAAGUGUACGCGAGCAGCGGAUUCACACCCCUGACUUGGACAGUAGACCUAGCCCACGAUACGUGAACAUAGAGGCAGGCUAACAUUAAAUGGAAAUACACCAUAGUUUAAUUCCUUGAGUUUUUUAUGAGGCAUAGUGUGUGUUCAGUAAGACUGUAUGUCUGGCAACAUGUAUGUCGUGUGCUGUAGAAAAUGCUGUGGCUUCAGAUGACCGAGGAUUUAGCAAUAAAGUAACUAACGGCCUAUUUUCUAGUACACUUCUGAAAACAGCAUUCCUGCAACUGUUUAGCCACAGUUCUUUCUUGCAGGCUGCCAAUGUAGCUUAGCAUUUGGGGCAUGGAGAAGGAGUGUAGGCCCAGAUUCUCAAUGCUGUUUGGGCACCUAACUUGCAUUGAUUUCAUUGGAAGUGGAGCCUGAGUACAUUUGAGGAUCUGGGCCAUAGUGACUGUACUGUAAUGUAGCUGGAGCAGUGUGUGUUGUAAGCCCAUGCUAGGGCAUGACUAGCCUCUCAGAAAGGUGAUCUGGUGCUUGUCCACCUGCUGAAGACUGGUGGGUCAGGGUGUUUGAGAAUGCUACCCAGCCCCCAGGCUAAUGUGCUGAAGUCUAGUAGAACACUACAGCUGUUGUCCACAGCCAUUCCUGCAUGCGCCUUUCUAAAGACCCCUCCUCUUUACAACCCUCUCAGCUUACCAUGGGCUUGAACAGCAGUGUGGAAAGACACCGAACCAUGGUGGUGGAAGGAAUUUGUGCAGUCCUACCCCGCACAAGGAAAGGGGACUAAGACCUUUCAGUGUUGUAUCUGGUAAGUCUUGACCAAUGGAACUAUUCCCAGCUAUGUCCUCAUGAACCUGAGUCCUAUUAGCAGGUGGCUAGGCACGCUUACCCUCGGCUGUAGAAAGAACUGAUGAAAUACAUGACAGCCACCUCUGCUCGGGGGGCAGCAAAUCAGAGAAAAAUGGUGACCACAUUGGUAGUGUGGGUCAAUGACUCAAGCAGAGGCUCUGAAAAGACUCUUAAUGUCGCUGCUUGUGGAAUGGACCAUCGAAGCCAAGUGAGGGCCACCUCCAGGAUGGCGUUCUGUUGACUGUAAAACGUGUAAAAGCCCAGCCUUUGUUUAGCAAGCAAUUGAUGCCAGUGUUCUUGCCAGCCAUUCCCUUUUCACAGUCUCCUCAGCAAGUGGUUGCCAGUCAAUGCCCGCAGUGGUUGUUUUCUACCAGUGUUAUAGACACCUUCUAAUCAUGCUUCGGAUGUGGCUAAGGCAUGGCAGUGGCUUUGAUAAUCGGCUUAUUGCCAUGGACAGAGCUGAAACUUCAGUGCAAAUGCGGCUUGAUCUAACAACAGUUUCUACCAUCCGUCAUCAAGAGAUGACUUAUGGGACAGCUGCUCCUCUUCCCCACGUGUUGUUACCGUAAGGACGCUACAGGAUGCCAUCCCCUCUUAUUCAACAUCAGAACAAUAUUUCUGUUGAGAGUGAGAUAUCUGCAUGCUGAUGGUGCAGAUCCUUCAUGUGCAUCUUCCCUCUUCGAACGCGGCAUCAGCUCCACUUCGGCGCUUGGAAAUUGGUACAUGCAUGAAUAGCAGGCGGUUUGAGCUCAGCUUGAGUGUGGACACAUCUGCUGAGAGUGGGAGGAGGAAAGCAUUGUAUUUUAAGCUGUCUGCUUUUGCAGGGUGAUGUCAACAGACUAAGGAAAUACAUCAAUGCUCAUGGGUACCCAAGGCACAACAUUGGCCAGGAAAGCUGCCUUUAGACUUUGCAUAGUUGAGAGAUUGAUUCUGUUCUCUCUGAUGCAGCCUAGCCAUGGAGAUGAAUGUUUUUGUCAUCUGUAGACUCUGCCUGAGUUGACUGCAAAGACGAUGCAGAAACAGAGGCCUCUCUCCUCCACAGACCACACCAGAGAGCCCAUCUCACCGGUGCGCCAUUCCUAUGCUGGCUCCAGUUGACACUUUGGAUCUGUUUCAUGCUGCUAGACCUGACCUUCACAGAUCGUAAUGUGCUCAGUCCUAUCUCUUUCUCCUGCUGCCCCAUUGCAGUGACUGUUAUCUGAAAUAGUAUAGUUCACAAUCCCAAAGGUGAAGCUCUUUGGACAGCAUAUUUUAAGUGGAAAACAUUUUGGCUGUGGAAUUUCCUGCCAUCUGGUUGAUAUAAAUGCCAGACUCUUUCCACACUUUGAGCACAGUGCAAGAUCCAUCUCUUUGUGCAUACCUCCCAUAGUCUGGUGCAAUAGUGCUUUCCUGGCAGGCAGCCACCAGAGAGGACACUGAUAGGGAUAGAAGAAGUGAUGAGAAGCUUCUGGUCCUUGCUCAUGCAGAAAUGAAGUCUGACAUAUGUGGUAUCUAGACAGUUUGGUGAUUGGCACAUUGGAAAUGAAAACAGAUACAAUUUUUUAAAGCUUAAUGUCCAUGCCCUUUCUGUCUCUUAGUCUGGUUCUGAAAUAUCUUCUGUAUGUUUUCAAGACACAACAGAUUUUUGGGCAAGUGGAAUGGAAAAGUGAAUAUAUACAGAAUAAGCAAACCAAUUGAAAAACGGAGAAGAAUUCUCUGGAGUAACUGUUUUUAAGCUGUUUCAAUGUCAGGUAUUUAAAAAGGCUAAGAUGCUUAGGGAAUUGUAGAGUUAUAGCUGUUUUUAUCAAAACUACACCUGCUAUGUGUGGGGAUAGGGUUAAUCAUGUACAGUCUUUGCAUUCAUAUUAAUUACUCGGAGGCUUCCUGCAGAAAGGUGGCAUUGCUUAUAAGUUACGGUAAACAUGUGUAACAGCUGAUAAUUAGGUUUUAUGUAAAUCCAGUGAGAUAAUGCAAUAUAAUUACAUUUUGAUGGUCUAAUGGCAUGGAUCAUGCCAUUAUCAGCUCUGAGUGGAGAAUGCUGUAAAAUGUGAUAAUUAUAUAAACUUACAGUGGUCCCCCGGCCAGUGCUUAAAAUAGCAUUAACAAAUUUGAAGCUAGAGUGGUUUAGAAAACAUGGCGCAGAGAGCUCAGAAACGAUAUUGGGAGUGAGGUUGAAUCCUUGUGAGGCUGGGUUGUGCUUGCAGGUGGUCCUUGUGGGCUCAAAGGGAGACAUACACUGUGCUGUCGCAAGCACAGGCAUGAUCCUUUGUCCAAGCCCCUGUCUGAUUACCUCUUCUGCAAGCCUCAGGGCACACUUGUAUUGCCUGUCUGCUUCCUGCUUGGAAAGUUGCAUUUGGCCUGUACCUGCUGCCUUUCCAGCCCUUGUCAGCAGGGGAGGAGAAGGAGGUCACUAAAAGUGCUAUUCAAUAUCUCAGCUUUCCAACCCAGGCCAAAUGCAUGUUUAAGGUAUACAGUCAGAGAUAAGUAUGUUAUUGAAUAAGGACAAAAUGUCUGCUCUGAGUUUUAGCCAUAACUUCACAAUGUCUGGCUUUUAUGGUUGUAACUUAUUCCCUCAAUGUUAUUCCAACACUUAUGGUUUGGUUUAGGGUAGUAUAAGCUUCUACUUAGUGAUGCUUAAUCUUAGUUGAUCUUUGCGAACUUAGUGACUCAUUUUGCCAAAAAAUGGUUAAGUCAUCUGGGCGAAUUGAACAUCUGGUCACAGUAUAUCCUCGUGUGGAUUUAGCUAGGUGACUAAGUUCUGAUGUCAUUUGCUUCUCAUCCUUAUUGAUAACACACAAGUGGUCUGAGGCCCUGCUUGCCGGUCCGUGAGAUACACCGUCAUUAAGAUUCCCAACACAAACCUCAUGGAUCUAAGGAACCUGUGUUUUUCAACAUGAUUCACUGGUUAUAAAAUCCAGCAACGAGUUUAGAAUUUAGCAUCAUCAUAUAUUUUAGCUUUACCUCUGUAUAUCUUCCUGUAGAUUUUAAUCAGGCCAUGGAUAUUAAACUAAACCACAACUCUUCAUGUGUAAUACAUUUAAUGAAAAACUAGGAAAACCUCUUAGUAGUCACAAGACUGUAAAUAAUGAAUGAAACUCUUAUGAAUGGAUAUUUAUUCAUUUAAUCCUUCAUAUCCUAUACAAGCUUAUUGUGUAAGUGGCAUUUUUUAAAGAGUACCUUGUCUACUCAAUCCAGAUCUUAUCUAGUGGAUGAAUGUUUGGAUGGUGGAUGCGUUUAUGCACGUAUGUUAUUUACCCAGUUGCCCAACCUAUUGUUGUGUAAGUACAGUCAUUGCUAAACGUUGCCUAACGUCAAACAAAAUUAAACCAUUGUAGUAAAUGUAUAUACCUGGGGUAAAUUGUUGAAAAUGGUAAGGUUUAACAAGGAUAAAGCUGUAGCAGUACAAAUGCUUUAAAACGUACCAUAGCAUUGCCUGAUACUUUGUGUAUUUUGUGCAGUCUGUUUAUCGUUCAGCUGGAUUUUUUUUUUGCAAAGUGCUGUAUUGCAACCUGGAAAUAGAAUUUUUUUCAAUCUACAACACAGGCUGCUUUCUCACUGCCACUACAAUGACUGUGUGCCUCUGCCAUCCUCUGUAGGCGCCAUCUUCAUGUCCGUUGUUCUCAGCCCUUCUGCUGAAACUGAUGACUAAUUAGUGCCAAUUCUGAUGGUGCUAUUUGAUCUAAACGCUUGUCCACUAGCAAGGGGUCUGAGACCACCCACUCGUUUCCACUUACGUCCUUCAACAGCCACGAAAUGCAAAGAUCUUCCGUUACUACUGACCUGGCUCAGAUUCAGAUUGGGAACUUUGGCUCAUUUUCAAAUGUAGAUCCCAGAUUGUGUGGGUUGCCAUUAUUUUCCAGACAUUUUUCACUUAACAAGUAAAUGCAGAACAGAUGAUGUUUAGUGUAUGGCAGAACUGCCUUUUUGUGUUUGUAGUGUAAAUAAGGAAAACCUUUUUGCAGACUUAAGAUGCACUUUCAGGUUAAAAUACAAAGUCUGUAGAAUGCCAUUUAAAAUGCUGGUUAUUCUUGUAAUUGUAACAUUCCCUAGCAUCCAUUUCACUGAAAUUACUGUACUCUCGUUUAGUGUCCCAUUAGGGAAGGAGAGGAGAUUGUAACAUUUUUGCAAUACAUAUUUAUAGCUAACUGACUGAAAGUUCAUUUAAACUUUAAACCAUUAUAAAUUGGCUGCUAUUCUAUGAAUUAGGUUUACUAGACUAAUUUUUAUAAUGCAUGAGAUUCAGUUUAAAUGUAUUUAUAAUGUUAACAAGUAGUUAAUUUGACACACAGAAUGUGUGAGAAGAAGUCCAACUGAAAGACCUUCACUUCUUUGACCUCUUUGUGCAUUUGCACUGACCAGUGUAAAGGCGUUACAUGGAAUGCAGUGGUUUGAACACAACUUACUAAAAUUGUUUCUAAAUGUCUGAUUAGAGCAGCAGUUCCAAUGUUUACAGAUUGGUGACUAUUGAUUGUAUGCACCCUGGUUCACUUUUGACACCGUGCACUGUUGUAUGUUUUGGAAGCACCGUUUUUACUUCCCGUGCCCAUGAAUGGAAUCGUUGCCUUUUUAGUUUGGGCUCUUAAGUAACCCUUGGGAAAUACAUCACUGUGGAUGUUCACUUUUCUGCCAUGAACUGAUAGAACUGACUCUGGGCUGAUAAAAGUAUUAGAUUGAACAUUUCUUCUGAAAGGACCAGUUUAUUUUUGAUAAUGUAUAAAAUGGUUUUAUAAACAAUUAAGUGGUGUUGAAAAAGUUGGUCUGAGCUCUAGAAGCAAGUGAACAUUGUGAUUUAAAAAUGUAUUUCAAAGCAGAUAAGCAUUUUUUCUUUAUAGGGUAGUGAAAUGAGCCUUUCACUCCCCUUAGUUCUGUUCUGUGUUUAGCAACACGUUUGUAACAUGUUUAAGACAUAAUGCACUUAGCUUAUCUAUUAAGAGAAAACUUAUUCUCAGAAGAGGUGGUUUCAUUUAUCUUCAAUUUAUGCCAUAUUGUGCUAACCACCUGGACCUUUUACACUUCUCUUGUAGCAAAUCACAAUAUAAACGCCUGUUUAAGAGGCUUAACUUUCCAUCUCUGAAUUCCUACAGAUGAAAGGACAAAAAUUCCUCAUUUGGGCACAAAAUUGUGACAAUUCUGGUUAUUACCUUGUCUACCUAAAGUGACUGUGCCGUGCAGCCAUCCCUUGCUUCCAAAGGCAGCUGUCUCUUGGGCCAAAUGUAUACCAGUAAGGGACGCAGAAUCCUAUAUCGGACAAAUGCUGCUCUGGCAAUUGCUCUCCUCCCUUUAUGCUUUUAAAUUUGUCAAAUAGGGAGUAGCAAGAGGUGCCUAAGAAAUUAGUAAGUAUUAAAAGUGAGCAAAUACAGGUGCGUAGAAAACCUAAACCUGACUCCUUUAAAGCAAAAUCUUGCGAGGUCUGUGUCAUAGAAGUAGUUGUCUCAUUUCAGCUUUUCAAAAGUGCUAAGAGAACAUUUUAAAUUGGAAAUGGCUGAGAGACAAACAGUAAGAUACCUUGGUGAAGCUGCAGAUUGAGAUGAAGGGUGGGGGCUGGGGGCAGGAUCUGAUAUCUUGAUAUCAAAAUCAGAGAAGCACAGAUUGUUUUGUUAACCAUAGAAAAGUUUGAUUAUCCUCCUGUAUGCAAAAGUUCCAUUAUGUGGUAAAUGAUCAUUACCUGAGUAAUUGUGUUAUUUUCCAUUUCCAUCUAGUCCAAGCAGCCCAUUUUAUUGGACUAGCUCUUUAAAUAAGAUGAACAGGUUUUUAAAAACAAGGUACUUCAUGAUGUCUACAGCAUUUCUUGUGAAUGUUGUAACAUGUUGUGCCACGUGGAUUACCUGACAAGCUAAGCUAAACUGACCAUUGAAUAGUUCAGCUAGUGUGAAGUGCUGAUUCUUUGUGCUCCUGCCUGAUAAUUCUUAGAAACAAUUUGUUGACUGUGUACCUCUUAAUGUGGUUGAAUUCUAUUUCUGUGUUGUGUGCCUCAAAUUAAUAAAGCAUAUCACACAUGUUUACUUGUGGUUUGAGCUUAAACAAGGGUUGUCAUGGUAUAACUAGUUUCUAGUUUUCUGCCUUGCAGACCAUUGUGCUGGUAAUCUGUCUCUAUGAAUUAAUGUUCCUGAAAUGUAGUAACUAAAAAAUAAAAAAGAGGUUGACUUUUCUUUUAUAUUUAAACAUCAGUUUGUGCUCAGAUUGUUCUUAGAAUAAUUCUGUAUAUAUUUUGCAAUAUGGUUUUGUGUGUAAUUUUGACUGUACAUUUUGCACUGAUUGAAAUUCUGUAUUCUAAGUAUAAUUUGUGAGUACCAGAGAUCUAUAACUAGAAUUUAUGUUUGUGACAAAUAUAAUUGGUAAUUUCUGUUA